CCCUCCACUACAACAGUUCAAUGAUUUGAAUGGUUUUUAAAUUUUCAUCAGUUCUCGAGUUCACUCCUUGUGUUGUGAACGUUUCUUAUCGCCGUUUAGUUUGUAGUAGACCUUUUCACCCGUUACUCAACCUGUUGCCUACAUCGUAAUUAAAGUACCUAUCUACAAUAUUUUUGUAAUAUCCAAAAGUACCUACAUAGGUAGGUUAAUCAUUAUUUUUUUUUAGAUUCUGUGAUGCCUUCUGUAUACCUGUGUACCUAUUAUAAUUAAUGUAUUUAAUUUGUCAACAGUUAAAUAUUCUGCUACGAGUGAUUUAAUUGUCGUUGGAAAAUAUGAUCCGGUCUAACAUGUUAAAAGUAAUUAUGUUUACAUGCUCAAUCGGUGAAAUAAAACACUGUUAGACAAUUUAAACAAAACACUCAACGGUCACCUACAAAAAUGUAGUGUUUCGUUUAUAUGCUAUAAUAAUAAAAUUUAUCUACUAAAUUAAGUAGGUACCCAGAGUUAAUUUAAUUAUAUAAAUCAAUUAGGUAGUUUUAUUUUUUUUUUUACCUAGAUGGUAGCACUUAAUCAAUUUAUUGCAAGUUUUUUUUUUCAUUGUGAUUCUUUCAAUUGCUCGUUUAAUUACAUGCAUAUAUUUAUAUGUCACUUGGCAUUUACAAUUAUAAUAUUAAUCUUAAUUAUAUACAUGUUUAUAAUUAAUGUUUGAUAUUUACUAGUACCUACCUAGGUAAUUAAUACAUUAGAAAUGUAGGUAUGCAAAAUUACAUGUUCAUUAUUACUUACCUACCAUUUUUAUAUUGCUUAAAACUUAAAAGUGAUUAUAAUUUUGUAUAACUGAAUUCUAUUGAUAAGUUAAUAUAUUUUAUUUUUAUUAUUAUUGGGAAAGGAACCUUUAGACAUAACCUGUACCUGUAUAAUUAUAAUAUAUAUAUACUACAUUGACUUAAUAAUGCGAUACAAAUAUUCAUAUAUAAAUUAAUUAGAAGAUUAUUUUGAAUGUAUAUGUAGGUAAUUAAAAACAUUCUGAAAGGGAAAAAACUAAAUAAUUGUUAGGUAGGUAGGUAGGUGUUAAUUUACAAUGUAGAUAAAACACACAGAUUAACAGAUUCAAUUUUAUACAAAUAUACAGGGUGUCCUACAGUGUUAUCCUUAUACUAAUAAUUUGUCAAUAUUAUUUUUGUUUUCAUCAUGUUUUGUGCAAGGAGGGCACAUAUGAAGAGAAAAAUUAAAUUUUUAUUUUCAUCCCUUGGUCAUUGAAAAAGAUUUAUUUUUCCACAUUUUCAAAAUAGCCAUUUAGUAAAAUAGGUAUUUAAAAAUUUGAAUGUAACACAUUCAAAUUUUUAUAAUAAUAUCUUUUUCAAAAUAGUUAAAAUGAAACAUUUUGAAACGUGAUUAAAUACAAAUUUAUACUUUUGAGUGAUUAAGAGAUAAGAAAAAAAAUGAAUAUUGACAUAUAGCAUAAGGAUAACAUUGUAGAGCACUCUGUUGCCAAUUAUUUAAUAUUUAUACCUAAUCUAAAUAUCAGUAGGUAUGUAUAUGAAUCCAAAUUAUUCUUAAUCUUAACAUUUGUACAUUAUAAUUAUUUAUAUCAUUUAUAGCUUUAGUAUCUAAUACUGAUUUUAUCUUAUCCAUAUUAGAUCAUAGGUUACACAUUAUUAUACAAAUACACGUGUUAAAAAAAUCUAAAAUAAAAAUAACAAUUUUUCGAUUUUGUUAUUUUUUUUUAAUACAUUUUAAAUAGGUAACUAAUUGAUUAAUAUAUAGGUAUAACAAUAUGCAAGGGUUAAAGCUAUAGAGAUAUAAGUCAAGUUUUCAUUGAAAUUGACUCAAGUGCUUUACAUACUUAUUAAGGGCCAAUUGUUGUUCGAUAGGCAAAGUGAAUUAAGUCAUAACUAAUAAUCACUGAAAUUAGAUGGUAGCACAAUAUUUGUGUAAAAACAAACUGGCUGUUUUGUUAAUUUUAAACUUCAAAAUUAAUGUGACUUACAAUACCAUAGCUUUAACCCCCAUCUUAGUGCAGUCUACAUCAAUAUUUUCCAAAUGAUUUGGUUUUUAGUUUAUCUUUAGUAUUAAUGUAUAUUGUAUUAUAAUUACUUUGACAUUAGUAUAAAAUGUUUAAAUUAUAAAAAAUUGUAAAUAUUCAUAAAUAUUUUGUUAAUGUAAUUGAAUUUGGUUUAAGUUUACUAAUGUAAAAAAAAAAAUUGAAUUUAAUGAUAUUUUUAUUACAGAAAAAUUUGUUUCAACACGUAAUUAGAUUCAACUCAACAUGCAGUGCCAUUCCAAAAGUUCCUAUGUACAUAGAUGGAAAGUUUGUCGAAUCAAAAUCAAAUGAUUGGAUUGAUGUCCAUAAUCCUGCCACAAAUGAAGUGGGUUUAUUAAUUUUAUUUAAAUUGAAAAUAAAAUAGACUUAUAGUAUCUCUGUAAUUAUAUUUCACUUAAUUAAAUAACUAUCCUAGGUUUUAUGCAAAGUACCAAAAUGUACACAAGACGAGAUGGAACAUGCAGUGGAUUCAUCCAUAGCUGCUUUUAAAUCAUGGUCAAAAACUUCUGUGAUGAGAAGACAACAAAUAAUGUUUCGUUAUCAAGAAAUUAUUAAAGCUAAUAUGGUAAAUUUAUUUUAUUGACAGCAACAUUUGUGUAUAUUUUUCAAAUAUCGUUUAUUGGAUUUUAGAAAAAAUUAUCCCAAAAUAUAACCCAGGAACAAGGAAAAACAUUGAUUGAUGCCGAAGGAGAUGUAACUCGUGGACUCCGUAAGAUUUGUGACUCAUUAAUAUAAUUUAACUUUUAAUAUCAUCAUUAUUCUUAUAUUUAUCGUCAUAUAACUACUUUUUAUUGUUUAGAGGUAGUUGAAAAUUGUUGCAACUUUACCAGCUCAAUAAUGGGCGAAUCAUUACCAUUAGUAGCUACUGACAUGGACAUACAUUCUUAUCGUGAGCCACUUGGUGUUACAGCUGGUAUUGCACCAUUUAAUUUUCCUGCAAUGAUACCUUUAUGGAUGUUUCCUGUAGCCAUUUCGUGUGGUAACACGUUUGUCAUUAAGGUAAGUCGAUGGAUUAUUAAUUUAAUCGAAAAUUGUUAGGAUAGAAUUGAUAAUCUGAAUAUUAUAUUUUGAAUAAUUAUGAGAAACAUUUAUUUAUUUUGAAUUCUCAGACCUUUAUAUUAUACUUACAAAGUUUCCAAGGACAACAAUUAUUGUAUGCUUCUAGAUUAUUUUAAUUUUAUUACAUGUUUCAGCCUUCAGAAAGAGUACCUGGUAAUUGUAUGAUGCUUGUUGAAAUGUUGUCUGAAGCUGGUUGCCCGCCUGGAGUUGUCAAUGUUAUUCAUGGUAGUGUGGACACUGUGAAUUUUAUCUGUGAUGCACCAGCCAUUAAAGCAAUCUCAUUUGUUGGCGCUAAUCCUGCGGUAAUUAAAUAUUCAGUAAAAUUUGAAGUAGCAUUGCAUAUAUAUGAUAGCUUAUAUAAAGUAUUUACUUUUUGUGAAUAGGGUGAACAUAUAUUCACCCGAGGUUCUAAAAAUGGUAAAAGAGUUCAAAGUAAUAUGGGUGCCAAAAAUCAUGGGGUGAUAAUGCCAGACGCAAACAAAACUAGUAUGUUAAAUGCAUUGGUUGGAGCUGCGUUUGGAGCAGCUGGACAACGAUGCAUGGCAUUAAGUACAGCGGUGUUUGUAGGUGAUGCUAAGAAUUGGUUACCAGAGUUAAAGAGUCGUGCUGAAAAUUUAAUAGUCAAUGCUGGUAUUUUUUUUAUAUUUGUUAUUAUUUAUGUGUUUACUUCUAUAAUGAGAUUGUUUUUUAAUAAUUGUUGUCAAUCUUUAUAUUUAAGGUCAUGAACCCAAUAGUGAUGUGGGCCCAGUUAUAUCGCCAGCUGCAAAAAAUAAAAUUCUCAAUUUAAUUCAAUCUGGCAUUGAUGAAGGAGCUAAGAUUCUUUUGGAUGGAAGGAAUAUUAGUGUGCCUGGCUAUGAAAAAGGAAAUUUUGUAGGACCAACUAUUCUUGCAGAUGUAAAGGUAUUACUUUAUUACAAUAUUAUUGUAAAAUGUUUAGGUGUUUUGAAUGAUUAUUUUAGAGUUUGUUGGUAUAAAACUUUUUAUUUUAUUGCAUACAGCCUCAUAUGAAAUGUUAUACAGAAGAAAUAUUUGGACCAGUACUCGUGUGCUUGACUGCUGAUACUCUAGAUGAAGCUUUAAAUAUAAUUAAUUCGAAUCCAUAUGGUAAUGGUACAGCUAUAUUUACCUCGAAUGGGGCUACAGCUAGAAAGUUUACUCACGAAGUCCAAUGUGGUAAUGUAAGUAUAUUGUUUUAAUAUGAUUUAAUAAUUGAUUUAAUAUGUUAUUACAUGUUUACAAUAUUUUGUUUAGGUUGGUAUCAAUGUUCCCAUACCAGUACCUUUGCCAAUGUUUUCAUUUACUGGAACACGAGCUUCAUUUUUAGGGCAAAACCAUUUCUAUGGAAAACAAGUAUGUGUUCUUGAUAUUGACUAAACUUGUUUAGUUUACAUGUUUCUUACAAAUACAAUGUUAUUAAGGGCUUUAACUUCUACACGGAAUUGAAAACUGUUACCCAACUUUGGAAAGAAUCUGAUGCCACUGAUACCAAAGCAACAGUUUCUAUGCCUGUGAUGCGAUGAGCUCUCUUGAAAGUAAGGCUGAUAAUUUGUUCUUGUUUUUUGUAAUUAUAUUAUUAUUGUUUUUUAAAAAAAGGAAAAUGUAUAGUAUAUUUUUCAACUAACAUGAAAAAUAAUUUGUGAUACCAAUGGUUUUUAUAUUAUAUAGUUUUAAAAGAAAAAUGUUAAUAGUGUUUUUUUGAAAUAAAAUA